AUGUUGCGAAACUACAGAGCGUUCAAAGGCGGCAAUUUAUUACGCCAUGGCGCACGGCACUGGGCUAGCCGACCACCUGUGGGUGCUGCGAUGGUUACCGGUGUCGGCGUCACGCAUCUGGCUCUAUCCGGAGCACGUAGCACUUCCACCGCUUCUCCUGCGAACGAUAUGAACGUUUCUUUUGAACGUUCGAGCAGUGUUUCGAUUUCGCCCGACUUCGCUCUAUUUGACACUACGGAUGCGCCCAUACUUGCUAGUCAGCGGAGCAACGUGAUGAAUCAGUGGGCGCUUCUUGAAGCAUGCCUGUGUACCGGUUAUUUAGACCGUGCGUUCAAGAUUCUGAAGUCGCUGUAUUCUAUCGAUUCCCAUAGACCCUAUUUCAUGAAUGACUACAAUUCUUACUUAUUACGGUACUGUGAGGAAAACCAACCAAAGAGCGAUGCAUCGGUUCAGGAGCUGAGACAGAAGGUUUUUGAUGAUAUCAGCAAGCAUUUUCCAGAGGUCCAGCUAAAUGCCAAGUCCGCUGCAAUUCUAGUUCGUUAUGCACUCAGUGCCAACCCAUACUCUGCUCAAAAAGAAGACGUGCGAACGCUUAUGGAAUUUGCAACUUCGCGAAAACAGCUACUUGAGCAUAAUGACGUUUUGCGUGUUCAAGAUUAUGCUUCUCUGUGCAAAAUGGGACUUUGCGACUUGAAGCACGUCCCAAUAGUGACUAGAAGCCUUGUUCAAGAUUCUCUUGGCGUGUCAUCGACGGAUAAGUCUGUGGAGGUUGUGGAGGAGGAGCCUGAACUUGUUAGCGCGGAAUCCGAAGACUUGUUGAGUGAAGAUAUCAAGUCGCUAGAUAAGAACGCAGCUGAACUUCGGUCAGUUGGCACAUUUGGUAUGCGGGCAGUUCGGCACAGUUUAUUGGGCUUGGAACUAGGUGAGAAACAGAGAGAAAGAUUGAGUGGCUUGGCUGUCGACCCAUUACUUAAAGCAUCUAUGCCUGCUGAAAAUGGCAUAGAUUUUUUUGAGAUCUACAAGUCUCUGGAGACUGACAAGGAAAGACAAGCUUUUGACUCAUUCUUGGAGGACUUUAAUAGUGAACGCCAAUGCGAUCUUGAAAGUAGGUCAGUGACUGCAGCGAAGCAGCGGUGGAAGCAUGAGUUUGCAGAAGCUCAAGCGAGAGGUGCGCUGAGCGUCCAGCGUUCGCUAAAUGCUCAGUUAUGGGAGUGGUAUCUUGGUAUGAUACCGCUUCUAAAGGAAGAGGUGAAGGCAUGUCGUGAACUGCUUGCCAGUGAUAUAUUGCUUACUGAACGCCGUCCACAUAUUCGUUCAAGGCUUGAAUAUGCCCCUUAUAUCACUCUGGUUAAUCCAGAGAAAAUGUGUGUCAUAACAAUUUUGGAAUUGCUAAGCUUGAAUUCUACUGGAGGCGUCAGUGAAGGUAUGAGAACAACCAGAGCGGUUCUGGCUAUAGGUAAGGCUGUCGAGAUGGAAUACAGAUCGGAAGCACUAUUGAAGAGUGAGAAAUCGAUUUUUAAGGAAGUUAGGGCCAAUAGUAACGAAUUCAAGAAGCUGGUCCAAAGGGCAAAAACCACGUUUAGAAAUACACAAAUUGAGGAGUCUAAAGUUCUUUGGCCGCACAAUAUCAAGGCUAAGGUUGGCUCUCUUUUAAUUUCUAUGUUGAUCCAUGUGGCAAAGGUGAACGUGAAAGGUGUAGACCCAGUUACCAAUAAAACAGUGUACGGUAAGGCACCUGCCAUCUGUCAUACAUUUCAAUAUAGAAUGGGCAGCAAAGUUGGUGUUUUGAAACUUCAUAGGUCUUUGGCGAACCAGAUGAGCUCAGACCGUUUAAGUGCAAAUUUCCAGCCACAGCACUUACCAAUGCUGGUCAAGCCAAGGCCCUGGACUUCUUGGAACAGUGGUGGUUACCUCUUUACUAAAUCUACUCUGAUCAGAUCCAAGGACUCACCAGAACAAUCCGCCUAUAUCAAGGCGGUUACUGGUAAAGGCGUGGUCCAAAAUGUUUACAAGGGCUUGAAUGUGCUUGGUGAAACUGCAUGGACGGUGAACAAGAAUAUGCUCCACAUUAUCUCUAAGGUUUGGAACUCUGGUACUGAGUUUCUAGAUAUUCCUCCCCAGCAAGAUGAGCUGCUACUUCCAGCUAAGCCACGAGGGGAGGACGGCAGCGAACCUGAACCCAUUGUAUUGAAGAGAUGGAAACAGGAGUGUCGCUUUCUGAACGCAGAGUAUCAAAAGCAUAGGUCGAUGAGAUGUGAUGCCAACUACAAACUCGAGAUUGCGAGGGCAUUCAUAGGAGAGAAAUUCUACUUCCCUCAUAAUAUGGACUUCCGCGGACGCGCUUACCCACUAGCUCCUCAUUUCAAUCAUUUGGGUAAUGACAUGACUAGAUCGCUUUUGAUCUUUUGGGAGGGUAAAAGGCUCGGGAAGGAAGGGCUUAGAUGGCUGAAAAUCCACAUGGGUAAUCUUUAUGGAUUGGAUAAGCAGACGUUCGAGGCACGUGUCGCCUUUACAGAGGCCCAUCUAGAGGAUAUAAAGGAUUCAGCCGAGAACCCAUUGAAUGGAAAAGGCUGGUGGAAGAAGGCGGACAAGCCAUGGCAAUGUCUCGCCACAUGCAUGGAAAUUAAUAAUGCCUAUAAACUGUCGAAUCCGGAGGACUAUGUGUCCCAUCAGCCAGUUCAUCAAGACGGUACCUGUAAUGGUCUGCAGCAUUACGCAGCUUUGGGUGGUGACAUCGAAGGUGCUCGCCAGGUUAACUUGGUGCCCAGUGACAAGCCUCAGGAUGUUUAUGCUUUUGUCGCAAAAUUAGUGACCGAGAGACUAGAAAAGGCAGCUCUAGAAGGUGAUCAAAAUGCAGCUCAGUUAAAAAAUCUGAUCACUAGGAAGGUUGUCAAGCGGACUGUCAUGACCAAUGUGUAUGGUGUCACUUUUAUCGGUGCAACCAAUCAGAUUGAUAAAGAGCUGCAGGAUGCAUUCCCUGAUAACUCCUACGAUAUGGCCAGAUAUCUGACGAAGCACGUAUUCAACAGUAUUCGUGAGCUUUUCCACGCGGCGCACUUGAUUCAGGACUGGUUAGGAGAGAGUGCAAAAAAGAUAUCCAAGUCUAUCCGGUUGGAUUUAGAGCUUGAAAAAAUCAAGAAGUUGGAUAAUUCCAUCAUGAUGACCUCUGUUAUUUGGACAAGUCCUUUGGGCUUACCAGUAGUACAGCCAUACCGUGAUAUUAAGAAGAAACAAAUUCACACCAACCUACAGACCGUCUUUAUCGCAGAUCCUUUUGCUGUGAAUCCAAUUGAUCCUAGGAGGCAGAUGGCUGGUUUCCCACCAAACUUUAUCCACUCAUUAGACGCAUCGCAUAUGCUUUUAUCCGCGAUAGAAUGUGGUAGGUUAGGCUUACAGUUCGCGGCCGUUCACGAUUCUUAUUGGACGCAUGCCAGUGAUGUUCCAAAGAUGAAUAAAGCGCUUAGAAACGAGUUUGUCAAAAUGCAUCAGGUUGACCUUAUCCAAAGAUUAAAAAACGAAUUUGACGCCCGCUAUAAAAACUACCUUGAGGUUAAAAGGAUAAAAAAGCGCAGCGAGCUGGGUCAAGAGCUUUUACUACUAAGGUCUCGGCUUUCGAAGUCUUUGGGUCGGCCGAUUACAAUGAAGGACGAGCUGGAAAUGGAACGUAAAAGGCAAAAUCUGCUAAAUUCAGAGGACCCAGUGCUACGUGCGGAGGGCGAGCGUAUGGUCACUACUGUGUCUUUCAUGUCUGACAAAGACACUACUGAUAUGGAAACUUCCACCCAUCAGUCUGUCUGCGCCUUAGUCCCAUUGAAGUUCUCUGGUAUUCCUCCAAAGGGAAGUUACGAUAUCCGGCAGUUGGUGAACAGUAAGUACUUCUUUUCUUGA